GGGGCCAAAGUCACAAGGCCAGGGAGCGGGACGAGGACCUUGUAAGAACAGAUAAAUGCCAGCUCCUGGGACCACGAGAUCCUAAAAAGGCGUCCAGAACGGUGUGCACAAAGUUGCAGGUUGAAAGAGGCACCUGCGUGGUCUUGUCCUCUCUCCCUGUUGCCCAUCCCCCACUUAGAAUUAUUGUAAGGAGCUUCCUGUGCUUUUGUGGAAAGGGGGGGGGACCCCAGUUGAAGAGAUGUCACAUUCCAAAUGUAUUGUUUUGGAUUUCAGUCAAGUUAAUUUCUUAAUAGGAAAUGAAUGCACUAGGUACAUCUAUGGAAGAACUAGAAAGAAUUAACAGAAAAAUUGAGUUAGUCAGGACUGAGGUUGAAGAAGAGCAGAAGAGGCUCGCUACGUUUACUUCAGUACUUGGCGAACUAACUCAAGGCCGUAUGGCUGCCUCAGUUGACACAAAUGUGAGGCGAGAUUUUCCUGAAAAUAGCCUGCUCCCAAAGGAAAAGCAGAAUGAAUCAUCAAAGAACAAAGACAGUGAGCCCAGAAAGUAUGUGAUAGACCACAGAUGUCCAGCAACUGAUCUCGAAUAUGAUCCUUUGCUCAAUUAUACUGCAGAGCUGCUUGGGGCAUCUAAAGCAAAGCUGAAUGACACCGAUCGACAGCAGUUCUGCCACUUGAAAAAGUCUGUGGGUGAAGAUUGCGGCACAGCCCUGGAGAGCCAAAGGCAUUAUGCUUCACCAAUAAAAAUUAAAAUAAAUCUUCAAGAAUCUGAUGAAGAUGAUCUUGUAAUAGAUGUACCUCCAGUCAUGUCUACUUCUAAGAAAUCUAGACUAUUUAGAGGCUUCCAACAGCGUCAUGAGGAUAAAAGGAUACAUACCAUGCUCCUGGAGAAGAGCAAUCUUCAAAUUAGUGGCACAGAAGAGGAAAAAAUAGGUAAAACCCAAAUAACCACACAAAUAGAUGAUGACAAUAACAGAUUGGAACCACCGACUUUGCUCAUGAAUACAUCACGAGACAUUAAAAGUAAUGUCAACUUGUAUUGUGUUAAAACCCACAUAUCUAAGAUGGGAAGCUUUGGGGAUGAGAAAAAGCAUGACUCUAUUUCAGAAGAAGGUGUAUGUUAUGUACCUCUCAGUGACAAAGAAAUACUCAAAGAAAGUGAUAAUGAAAGUUAUUCAAAGAGCAAAAAAUAUGUAAAAACAAUCUAUAAUACUAAAAAAAAAGAAAUAGAAUCUUGGCAUUCCCCAAGUCAGCCCCCAAUUUUUUAUUCAGAGGAGCUUGUAAAAGACAAUGUGCUGAGAAUGCAAGGUAAUAGUAAGGAAUUCACUACUUUUGAAGACAGCAAAUUAGCUGACUUUGAUGCUGAUAAGGGGCCUACUGGAGAUGACACCCCCUCUGAUUCUGAUGCAAUUAUGCAGGAAUGUCUUCACAUUUUCAAUGAGUUCACACAAAGUGAAGCUCAUAAAAAAGAGAUUGCUAAGCAGGCUUCAGGAAAGCAAGAUAUGUUGCAUUACAAAAACACUUCUGGACCAAAAAAGAGAAUUGCGCACACUGCCAAAUUUGAUGUUCCAAUCAGUAAAGAGAUCAUUAGCCCAUGGAAAGGACCUGUUUCAUCACUAAUUAGCCACAGUAGAAUCAUUCGGGCCCAGCAACAGGCAGCACAUAUAAAAGCUGCCGUAAAGAGUGGGCGGGCUUUCAUUGCUGCCACUUCAGAACAGAAGAAAAAUGAAUCUAUAUGUCCAGCCUCUCAGACCCAAAGGAAAGAAAAUUCACUCACAUCAAACAGCCUUCAUCUGGAUGUAGCUCUUUCAAGUGAAAACCCAACCGCAAAACCAAGAAGAUCACACAUUCCUGUGAAAAGUAUUGCUUCUCUUUCUGUAAAGACCCCAAAAUACAAGGUGGCUCAUCGAAGGAGGGCUUCAGUAACGUCAGAAUCUUCACCCAAAGUACCCAAUGAAGUAAGGGAACGCUAUCUCGACCUCUUUAUUGAGAAGUAUUUGAAAGUUUGUAAAACAGAGGAGGAGGCUCUUAACAAGGCUAAAACAGAAGAAAAGGCCAUAUAUGAAAGAUGUGGUAGUAGAAAUAUGUAUAUGAACAUAGCAGUAAAUUCUCUUAAGAAGAUAAAAGAUCAAGUUGUGUCUGGAAGCAGUAAUGACAAGACAGCUGGAUUUAAAAAUUAUGAAAAGAAAACUGUGCUCACAGAAACUAUUCUCUACAGACAUCUGAAAGGCUACUACCUUCUAAUUGAAGAACAGCUACAUGAACAUAACUACCCUCAAUCACACCCUGAAAAACCAGGAAGUAUUCUUUUAAACCCCGGAAUGACAAAACCUCUUCUAAACGAUGCCUCUAAGAAGAUCUGUUGUCGAUGUGGGAAAAUAUAUGGUGUGACUUCUUCAGGUAAACACAGUAGAGUAGAAGAAUGUAACUACCACUUCGGCCAAGUGUUGAGUCAUAAAGUCCUCGGGGGCUUAGAAUCUCGAUACAGCUGCUGCGGAGGUGUCCUUGGAUCCCCCGGGUGUCAGGUCGCCAAGCUUCAUGUUCAUAACCAAAAAGAAAACCUAGAGGGCUUUGUGAAGACUUUUGUCAAGGUUGCACCUCCUGAUGGCAGUCACGGUGUGUUUGCAGUAAAUUGUGAGAUGUGCUAUACAGCCAAAGGCUUGGAACUUACUAGAGUGACGGUGGUUGAUUCCAGCCUCCAGGUGGUCUAUGAUACAUUCGUGAAACCAGAUGAAGAAGUCAUUGACUACAACACUAGGUUUUCUGGUGUGGUGGAAGAUGAUUUGAAGAACACAACAACAUCAAUUCGUGAUGUCCAAGCUGUUUUGUUGAACCUGUUUAGUGCUGAUACUAUAAUAAUUGGACAUAGCUUUGCAUCUAGUCUGUAUGCUCUGAAGUUAAUUCAUUCUUCACUUGUGGACACUUCAGUUAUGUUUCCUCAUCGGCUAGGCUUGCCUCACAAAAGAUCCCUUAGGAAUCUGGUGGCUGAAUACCUGCAGAGAAUCAUCCAGGAUGAUGUGCGUUCAGAAUGUGUGCUCUUCCCUCCCCUCCUGCUCUCGCUGGCCUUCACCACACCUCAGUCAACACACACGAAUAAUGCAACUGCCAGAUGAAUUAAAAAACAAACUUCAGCAAAAUUCGAACGAUGGGAAAAGAAGAACCUUUGAGAAUUCCCUUCCCGCCCACCGCUGAGAACUACUUUGAAAUAUUCCAAGAGACCUCUGAAUACAUCCUGGCUGGAACAUAUUCUGAGAGUUGAAGACAGUAGGGUGUGGGGCUGUGAAGUGUUUUAUGUUCUGCCCCAUAAAUACUUUCCAUUCGAGUCAGAUUGCGACCUCCCCCUUUGACUCAUCAACACGGACCUGAGGGGGAACGAACCUGCCUUUUAGCAGCAACCUGAUGCAGCAGCGGGGGUCCCUGUGAGCAUAGUUAUAGAGGUCCCUUUAGCCUCUAAUUAAUGUAUAGUUUCUGACUUUAUAUUUUGUAUUCACAUCCUGGAGGGUCCCCAGGAAGCCAAUUCUUACUUGUACAAGCUUCUGCAAGCCCCACAGUAGCUGUGGGUUCCCUAUGGUAAAGGAUGCUGCCAGUCAGAUGAAAACCAGGUGGGUGGUUGGAGAAAGGGUGUCUCCGUUAGGGGUGCAUAAUCCCUGCAGAAGAGGAUCUAGAUAUUCUCCCUAGUUUCCUCACUAAAUCAUUUCAGAUCCUUCUGCCUUUAGUAAAUGGACUAAAAAAUAGGAAAAUUUAUGAAUUGGGAUAAGAAAAUAGUGCCUUUGGGAUCCUAGAUAAAAUAACAACAACAAUAAUAAUAAUUGGCUAUGGGGCCAUAACAUGCAUUACCAUGGGCAAGUUAUUAACCACUCUGAAAUUCUACUUUUCAAUCUGCAAAUGGGGAAGAUGAUACUGCUUAUCCUAGAAGGUAAUAUGAAUUAAAUAUAUAUGAACCUAAGACUAUAAAGCACUGACCCAGCAAUCGGUUUUAACAAGCUCUCCAGGUGCCCCUGAUAGACACUCAUGUUUGGGAACUACCCGAUUUAGAAUCCUGGAGGUGACUCUUGUAAGAAACGGCUCAAGGAGACAACAGCGGCUGUCUAUAGGAAGUGGGGCGCAGCGAGGGGACGCUGUUCUUUAGAUAAAAGCCUUUCGUUCUAUUUGAUGUUUUCACUGCGUGCAUGAAUUACUUUGAAAAAUUAGAAAUUAUUUUUAAAAAUAAAUAAACUGGGGUUUCUGAAAUAUGUCUGCGACAAGAGCCUGGCCUGGGCCCUUCAGAUGGAAACAGGAUGCUGGUGGUAAAAUGCAGGUGCCCAGGCUCAGGACAGUGGCUGCUAAGUAAAUCCCAAGUCCUCAGGGAUGUCCCUGCCUUCCUGAAGGCUCAUCUGCUUCCUUCUCUGUCCUCAUGGGUUGCUGCAGACCCCCUCCCCCAGGGAGGCAGACCAGGACUUCAGACCAAAUAAAGGAAUGGUUUGGCUCCAAGUUUCUGGCCUUCCUGUCACUUUCCCA